AUGGCUUCCAUAUCUGCAGCUCUUCUUCUAGUCUGCUAUCAAAUCUCAGUCUCCUUUUGUCCAAUACUUUCUGCCUCAGUCGUGGAGGAUCUUAACAACCUACAGCCGCCUCUAGACUUUCACUCCACAGUAGCAAACAAUUGUCUGAUGAAUCCAUCUCUUAGAUACUGCAACUACUCUUCCACUGACCUUCCUAACAUCUUCAAAUCCACCAUAGUUGCAGACCACCUCUGCAAUGAAUCCAAGAACCUAAAUUGUGAUGCUUUAUUUACAAAGAUCGAUCUCAGAAACCGCCCAAAAAUUGCACCACUUUACUUAUCCUUCACCUUCUUCUGGAGGUACUGCCCCUUAACGAUUCUCAGCAUUGAUCUCUCAAACAAUUCCAUCACAGGGGCUUUUCCUUCUGAGAUCCUCUACUGUUCCCAGAUCCAUUCUCUUGAUCUGAGCCAUAAUGACCUCUCUGGUGAUGUCCCAACACAAAGUUUCUCUCCUCUGACCAACCUUACACUCCUCAAUCUCUCCUACAAUCACUUCUCUGAAAGUAAAAUCUCGGACAGCCCAUUCUUUGAACGGUUUAAUUCCUCGAGUUUUGUUCAUUCAGGUCUUCUACCAGAUCACAGGAAAUUCAAGAUCAAAGCGGUAAUUUUGCUUAUUGGGUUUCCAAUCUUUGUUGUUCUGAUGGUGGGAUUUUUGGGGUGGCUAUGCUUCCGACGACAAGAUAUCUUACCAUCGGUUCUCAAACAUCGGCACAAUUUUACACCAACAAUGCUAAAUGCAGCAACAGCUGGAUUUUCAGAGAAAAAUUUGGUGGGAAAGAGUAGGGGAGUUGAGAUUUACAAAGGGAUUCUGAAAGAUCGAACAGAAGUUCGAAUUGAGAUAUACAAUGAGAAAAUUGCAAAUCAAAUCCGCAGAAAAUUUGUCCAAGAAUGCCAAAUUCUUGUUCAAUUGUCCCACAAGAAUUUGGUUCGAGUGUUAGGCUGGUGUGAUAAUAGGGGACUGAGGGCCAUUGUAACGGAAUGGACGGAUGGCGGGAAUAUUGAGUCAUGGUUAUCAGGCUACCCACCAUGGAAGCACAGGCUGAAAGUUCUAACGGGACUUAUGGAAGGGAUGUAUUAUCUGCAGGAGCAAUGGCCUGAAGUUGAUUAUGACCUUAGGGCAAGCAGUGUGAUGUUAUCCCACGACAGAGAGCCGUUGAUUUCAAGGUUUAAGGUUGGAGAACAAAAUAGUACUUCAAAGAAGAUUUACAGACUUGGAAUACUUCUAAUGGAGAUGGUAGCAAACAGGCGGCCCCAAGAAGAUUCUGAGAAGAGUGAGACUGGUUUUAUCGAGUGGAUGAGGAUGAACUACCCUGGGAACGUUGAGAACGUGAUCGAUGGUAGAGUGAAGAAGGCAGGAGGUGGUGCAUCUGAGCAAGCUGGGCAAAUAAUAGGCAUAGCAUUAACGUGCACCGAUCUGUUGACAAAUCGCCAACCAAGCUUGGAUCAGAUCUUCAAUACCAUCAAUAGACUCUAUGCGUCUUCCUUGGCAUUUGAAUCACCCAAUCAUAAGAGAUCACACAAAGAAAGAG